AUGAGACGGCAGACUGAUGCCGCAGUGGCAUAUCAACACCGCGCCCUUCCACCACCACCUCCACCUCAACACAUCGCUUCGACGUCACGUGGCCCUGCCGUGGGUAGCUCUGAGAUGCCCGUAGCUCGUGGAGCACACUACGAAGAUUCAGGCUCGGCAGAGCGAGGAGUGAAGCGUCGGCAGAGGGAGCGGGCACCGGUCGACUGGCAUGAAUUCUAUGGAGGCAAGCCUCCAGCUGAGAUCAUCACCAUCCACGACGAUGAUAGUCCAGUGCCGGAGAGUACAACCCAACAUCGGCCCGCAAUGUCUCACGCCUCAUCAGCUUCCCAUCAUGCUGAUAAGAAGCGGCGCACGAAUGGCGGCGGCGGUGACGUGCCACAGUACAGCACUACGAAUACGCCGUAUUCCUACACCAACGGCGGGUCCACGGAGAGCCUGCAGAACACCACAGCGCCCACCUCACUCGGCUCCCAGGCGAGUGCUGGAGCUCAGCAAUGUCAGCAUCAUUUGAGCAGUGCACAAACCGGACAGAAGAGGAAGCGCAACAAUGCCAAAGCACCUGAGGUUGACCGCAAGAAGCAAGAGACCGAACGACCGGGCGCUGGCAAGGGCUACUUGGCCGAGUAUGGCGAGUACAAGACACCCCCGCGCCAGACGAAGAAGCAGAAGGACGUGGUGGUGCCAUCUAUACCUGAUCGCUCGAAGACCCACGAGAAGAUUGACGACGAAGACGGACACUACAUCGUGCAAGAGAAUAGCAAGCUCGGCGAACGGUAUAGCUUGAUAUCGCUUCUGGGACAAGGCACCUUUGGGAAAGUCGUGAGGGCAGUCGACACUCGGAGUCGGAAAGAGGUGGCAGUAAAGAUCAUCCGCGCCGUGCCCAAGUAUCGUGAUGCAAGCCGCAUCGAGCUACGUGUGCUGCAGACGCUGAGAGCGGCCGAUGAAAAGAAUACGAACCGGUGCAUACAACUACGAGAUUGCUUUGACUGGCGCGGCCACAUCUGCAUAGUCACGCCGCUCCUAGGCCUCUCGGUUUUCGACUUCCUCAAGAGCGGGGGCUUCGUGCCCUUCCCAGGUUCGCACAUACAGGCCUUCGCGCGACAGCUUCUUGGAUCCAUCGCCUUCUUACACGACCUCAACCUUAUCCACACGGAUUUGAAGCCGGAAAACAUUCUGCUACUGAGUCACACAUACCAGACCUUUACCUACAACCGCAACAUCCCCUCUUCGAGCACACUGACGUCAAGGUCAGCGAAGUUCCGUAGGGUGCUACUCAGCCCACAAAUCAACCUCAUCGACUUUGGCAGUGCGACAUUCGACGAUGAGUAUCACAGCUCAGUGGUUAGUACGCGGCACUACCGUGCUCCAGAAAUCAUUCUCGGCAUUGGCUGGUCGCAUCCUAUCGAUCUCUGGUCACUUGGGUGCAUACUGGUAGAGUGUUGGACAGGAGAUGCUCUAUUCCAAACACACGACUGUUGUGAGCAUCUCGGAAUGAUGGAGGCUGUCACUGGACUCAGCAUUGAUCGCAGCUUGAUUCGCGAUGUCAAUCGUCUAUCCAAGCGCGGAGACCGCAAUUCUGCGGCACGAUUCUUCAAGAAUGGGCACUUGCAAUACCCUAUGCCGGACACACCACGCCAAUCUAGGAAAUUUGUACGUGGCAUGAAGCGGCUCGAGGAGAUCAUCCCUGCUACAAGUCAGUUCAACAAGCUGUUUCUGGAUCUACUGCGCAAGAUCUUUGUGUACGAUCCGAGAAAGCGUAUCACGGCGCGAGAAGCAUUGAAGCACCCUUGGUUUGACGAGCUCGUAGAAGACGAUGGCACGGAAGCGACCCGCAUCAGGAUCGAAAGGGAACGACUUGCAGAUAAUGGCGUACGGGCUCGAUAG